ACGUGUGGAGCUGCAUUGGUGCUGGUCUAUGCAUACAAAACUGCAAGGAAUGAGAAGCUCGCUCAUUCAUUGUUAACGCCUCAUUGAUACUCAGUCCACGGGAUUUAAGUCUCAGCAUGAGUUCGAGUGCACAGACUGCCGAGAAGUGCUGAAGUUUGAGAAUCUGACUGGGACUUCAAUAUCAAAUGUUACUUUUUAAGCAAGGUGCUAAUAGCAUCCUGAUAGGAAAACCCCCGAUGAAUUAGUUUCAGGUGUGAAGAAGUGAGUCGUUCCAUAUCAAACACCUGCAGUAUAAAUGAGUUAACCUCACUACGUACCGGACGAGACCCCCAUUCAUCUGCAUACAUUCAGCUGGAAUCAUUUGACGCGGAAAAAACACGAUGCUCUCGAUCUCCCGAUCCUGCCUCAGAGGAAUCUACAGCUGUCAUUGGAACAGUCAAAAUAGAAGACCAAACAGGGCUUGCUGCUGGCUCUCCUUUCUGUCUUUUGUGUCCAUACUUGCCCUGAGUUGGAUGUACGUUUGUUUCAUUGCCUUCAACGACCACAAUGAUGUAAACUGGCAUGCCUUCAGAACAUUAAAAAAAUGGGUGAACUGGUACAUGAUAGUGAUGGUCGUUUCUGCCGUGCUGGCCACAUACUGCCUCCUUCUACUGGUAUUUGGAUUGCUACACUUAGCAGUCAGAGAGCCCUUGGAUUUACACUGGCUGCAUAAGGUGUUUCUGUUUUUGGGUCUGCUCACUGUUACUUUAGGCACAGCUGGAUUUUGUAAAGAAUGGAUAGAGGAGUGGCAAACUGUCUAUAUGUCAUUUCAGGCCACUGCUCCUUUCCUGCAGCUGGGUGCUGUGGUGGCUUUGACCUUGAUCAGUUGGCUGGUGUUCCAGAGUCAUCAUACAGCUCAAACAGCUGCUAGUAAGGUUUUUAUAAUGCUGACCUUCCUGGUAGUGUCCGCUGCUGUGCUCCUGUGUCCUCUUGCAAUCUGCUCUCCAUGCAUUGCCAAUAAUCUUCCCCCAAAACCUGCCCUCGUCGGACAUCGCGGUGCUCCAAUGCUGGCACCAGAAAACACCAUGAUGUCAUUCAGGAAGAGUAUGGAGUGUGGCGUUGUGGCAUUUGAAACAGAUGUGCAACUCAGUAAGGACAUGAAGCCUUUUCUUAUGCAUGACAAUGGUCCAAGUUUUCUGCUACGAACAACUGAUGUGAAGGAGAAAUUUCUAGGUCGAGAUGCCGACAUGCAUGCUAACUUCACUUUGCAAGAGUUACAGACUUUAAAUGCAGGCGAAUGGUUUGUAAGGACAGAUCCAUUUCAGUCAGUUUCAUCGCUCUCAAAGGAAGAGAAGAGGGAGGCUAACAACCAGACUGUACCGUCUCUUUCUGAUCUCUUAGUCAUGGCCAAAAAGUAUAAUGUCUCUCUCAUAUUUGACCUAAAAAAUGAGAAAAACUCGACAGGAUUCCACAACAGCGACUCCUACUACACCGCUGAAACGAUAGAAAAAUCAGGCAUCUCACCGGACAAGAUAUGGUGGCUUCCUCCAGAAUAUAGACACGAUGUAAGAAAAGUUACACCAGGCUUAAAGCAGGUGUAUAAUAAUGUACAAGAAAUGUAUGCAGAUGGUGGAAGCUUCCUGAACAUGAAAUAUAGUUUUCUAAGCACACUUGAAAUAAGUGAGCUGCGGAAAAAUAAUGUGUCCGUGAAUCUGUGGGUUGUGAAUGAGCGCUGGCUCUUCUCAUUACUGUGGUGCUCCGGGGCCAGUUCAGUGACCACCAAUGCUUGUCACAUCCUCAAAAGCAUGUCUAAGCCUGACUGGCAUCUGGAGCCUAAUAUGUACAUGGGAAUAUGGAUCUCGGCUGACGUGAUGUCAUUGCUGUUGAUGUUUGGCCUGUUUCUUUGGCAAAGGAGGAGGAACCAUGUUUUUCAUCAAAAUACAAGUGAGAGAAGUGUCCCCCUGCUUCCUCGCUGAAUGAUGCCAUCUUUAUCAUGAGAGGACAUAUCCUUGUUUCACUUUUUGAAGGACUGUAUGUGGGCAUCAUAAGAAAAUCACGUCAUAUAAAAUGUGUCAUGCAGUAAAUUCACAUUUGUGCUUUUAAUGUAGAAUGCAUAUACAAGACAUUGUUUGAUAUGAGAAUUUAUAUAUUUGAUGAAAUUUCCUCAUUAGGGCAGCAUGUUGUGUGCCACCCCUUUACAUGCAGUGCUGCCAACCCCUUGACAAAGCUAUGUCAUUUCAGCCAUUUGUUUGAGCCAACUUUUCAUUUAAAUGACAAUACUUUUUACAGGGGUUGUUUACUUAUGUGACACUUUGCAAGACAUUUUUGUAAGAAAGACUUUAAAAUGUUGGACCCACUUUUUUGUGUCUACUAUGUACUUCAUUUAAUUUAAUCAUUUGAUACAAUGCACAUAUAGUGUUUCUGUAGUUACAUCUACUGUAUGAUUACACUAUUGACCUUACUGCUUAACCCACCCGUAAACCUAACUAUACCACCAAACCCGUCCUGAACCUUAACUGUAUCCAGUGUCAAUAGCAGAAAAAGUGUUUUGCAAUACAACAAGAAGUCAAGUAAUCAAAAGACACAUAAUGUUGGAUUAAAAUGUUUAUAUAGAUAUGUAAAUAUUUUUUAUUGUUAUUUUUAUAGAUUUUUUUUAAUUGAUAUUUUGGUAAAUGGGCAUUCAAGACAAAUUCAGAAAAAGUUGGUUUAAGUAUAACUUUAUUGUGUGUACAUUUUGAAAUGCAUGGGAGAUCAAGGAAAUAAGAACUGGCUGGUACAAGGUUCAUUUUGGGCUCAUAAUAUUUGGGUGUUGCCACAAAACUGAAUGUUUGAUUUUUUUUGACCCACACUGAUUCUAUAAAGACAUCUAUGAAAAGUUAUGAAAAUUAUUUGGAAA